GGAGCUUUUCGUGUGGGAUUCGGCUUCCGACACGGCUAUCAAAAGUCCCCCAUUUCUAAUUCGCUUCAAUCCGGCACUGCCUUCUCUCGUGUCCGGCAGCCCGGUCGCUCCGACCCGACCCGAACUGAUUUUGUCCUGUCAGCCCCAUAUUAUAACUACCGCCAACUCUCGCUCUCACUCACUUGGCGGAACCCCACUCGACUCAUCGCUCAACUCGCCGCGUAUCAGCUCAACUCAGUUUCGGCGUCCCCUCUCUGCUCCACGGCGGCGGCGAUGUCUGCUUACUCGCCCAAUCUGCAGCUCCCUGGCCUUCUCCCCAAUCUAUCGACGGACGCUUCCUCGUCGACCAAGCUCGAGCUCAAGCUCAAGCUCCUAUGCUCACUCAGGGGCCCCAACUUUUCCGCAGUGCCGCUCCGGCUCUCCGCCGUCACGACUCGCCGCUGCCGCCAGCUCGUCCUCGCCAGCUGCGCCGGGUCAGACUCCAGGGGUUAUCUGAUUGAGGAGCCUAGGGUUAUAGACAUCGCCGCCGAGCUGAGGAUCGACGGAGGCGGCGGCGGCGGAGACGACAAGAAUGUCGGGGGAGGAGGCGGUGGGGAAGGCGGCGGUGAUGGUGAGGAGGAGGAGUUUGGGCCCAUCAUGAAGUAUGCGGAUGUAAUGAGGGAGACGGAGGCGCGUGGGGCUAAGCUACCGGCGGACAUGUUGGAAGCUGCGAAGACCACCGGGCUUCCCAAAGUUAUUCUCGAGCGAUAUUUGGACUUGCAGGGCUUGGCGUGGCCGCUCGGUUUUCUGAUGAAGCACUUUGCGAUGCUUCGGAACCGAAUGCUAGCUGAUCCCUCUUUCCUUUUCAAAGUCGGAACAGAGAUAGUCAUUGAUUCCUGCUGUGCAACGUUUGCCGAAGUCCAGAAAAGGGGAAAAGAUUUCUGGGCAGAGUUCGAGUUGUACGUCGCAGAUUUGCUGGUCGGUUUGGUCGUUAACGUUGCAUUGGUGGGCAUGUUAGCUCCGUAUGCUCGUGUAGGGAAACGAUCAGUAUCAGGCGCAGGCUUUCUUGGACGCAUUCAGCAUGCUUAUAAUUCUCUUCCCAGCAGUGUUUUUGAAGCUGAAAGGCCAGGCUGUAGCUUCUCGGUGAAGCAGCGGAUAGGAACAUAUUUCUUUAAGGGUGUAUUGUAUGGAUCGGUUGGGUUUGGAUGCGGUCUCAUUGGUCAAGGCAUUGCAAAUCUGAUUAUGAAUGCAAAGAGGAGCAUUAAUAAAUCUGAGGACGACAUACCGGUGCCACCUCUCAUGCAAAGUGCCGCACUAUGGGGUGUGUUUCUCGCAGUUUCUUCCAACACCAGGUAUCAGAUAAUCAAUGGCCUCGAACGGUUGGUCGAGGCCUCACCUUUGGCCAAGAAUGUCCCGCCCGUUGCUAUGGCUUUCACCGUAGGGGUCCGCUUUGCUAACAAUGUCUAUGGAGGCAUGCAGUUUGUCGACUGGGCUAGAUGGAGUGGGGUCCAAUAGCAGUACUUGGUGCCAACUAGUAGCGAUGUAUUCUUCCUGCAUUUUAUUAAAUAUCGGUUCUCUUCAAGCAUACACUUUUCAAUCAGUCGACAAGCCCAAGCCUUGAACGUGGGCUGCAAUCAAUACAAGCAAAUGCUUGGCGCUCUUCUCUCUCUC